UAUCCAAACGGUCGAAAGACUCAACCAUGUGAAAUUGGGUCAGUCACAAACAAAGCGUACGCUUCAAAUCCCAUAAAACCAGUCCACACCGUACUCUUUGUUCUGGAGCUUACCCAUGCAUCCAUAUAACGGGUGAUUCGUAUCGGAAACUGAUGACCAUCUUGCAGUUCCUGCAGAAUGGAGGUGAAUGCGUAGUAGAGACGAAACACCCACCUCCACCCUCGCUGAAAACAUGGACUAUUCCGGCACUUUCCAGCGAAUUAUUGUAACGAAUGUUUUUUAGUUUACAUCCGAACUUCCUGCUCUGGAAAACGUGCAAGGGAACGGAGUGUUCUGGAAGCGGUGUCAAGGUUCCUGCACGUGACAAGAUACUACGGAUGGACGUAUGAGUCAAAAGCACAUUUUGAAGCUAAAAUGUUGGGCCCCUGCUGAACCAAUGUGUCACGUGGUUGGAUCUGUACAAACUGAUUGGAUGACGACGUGUCACCAGAGGUCACUUCAAGAUGGAUUUUAUUCGGAAGUUCGACAUAGAAUUGGACAAGGAGAUCUACUAUGCAGGGGAAAUUCUGUCGGGGAAAAUCAUCGUGCAAAACACUGAAAAUAUCAGGGUUCAAGGCAUUCGUCUUCAUAUACGGGGCAAGGCCCACGCGGAGUGGAGAAUCACACGGGCAGGAGAAAGGCGACAUGUUAAACAAGAUGAACACUACAUAGACGAGAGAAAGUCUAUCUGGGGAAAAGACAAAAACGAAGAAGGGCCGAUACCUAUCUUACCGAGAGGUAACCACAAGUAUCCGUUCGAAUUCAAACUACCGGAGAGUGCUCUCCCCUGUUCGUUUGAAAGCAAGAUCGGCACAAUUCGUUACUACAUCCGGGUCACCAUCGACAUUCCAUAUGCCUCCUGUCCGCAGGGAAUCAAGUACUUCACAGUGGUCGGACCUCACACCGACUGUAUGGACGAACGAUUCCUGACGCCUUCUCAUGCCGAGUCGAAGAGAUACAACUGUAUUCUUUGCUGUGGCAAGGGUCCUCUGUCUUUGAAGGGGACGUUGGAGAGGACUGCCUACUGUUGUGGGGAGAACGUCAAGCUGAAGGUGGAGAUCCAGAACGGCUGUGACGAGGAGGUGUGGCUGGUCUGUAGAAUGAUGCAGUACGUGGAAUAUUUCAUCAACCGUGGCGUGCUGGGGCUGUCCAAGGAGCUGAGACAUACGGUGAUGCAGGUGGAGAGUCCCCAUAUAGAGCCCCACACCACUACAAGUCUGGAUGACCUCUGGCAUCAGCUGCAGGUGCCUAUCAUGCCCCCAACCAUGGUGGAUGUGUGUGGACUGGUACAGAUCUACUACACGCUCAGGCUGUGUUUGCGGAUGGAGAAAUCUGGUGAUGCCUUAGAAGUAGAGAUGCCUGUUACCAUAGCAACAGUUCCAUUCCGCAUCCCAAGCAACCCCAUACCGGAAAUACAAUAUGAUGUAGCAGCCGACUACGUUGAGGGAGGGAUGUACAUCAGCUCGGAAUUCCAGCUUGGCCAGGUGUAUAUGGGAGAUGAUGAAGAUUCGGACACAGACAAGGAGAUUCUCUACCGCCCUGUCUAUGUAUGUGUGCCCCACAAACGCCCAACACCGAGACACAAGACCAGAUCUUCUGACAUCAAUAGAAGCACUUCUCCUAACUCCACAGAUGCCCUGUUGCCUGAGUCUGCCGAAACUCCCAAAGUCGCGACACCUGACGAAAGUUCCAUUCGUGACAAUGAUGUUCAAGUACAGCUUGAUAAAAGUCCCGUCAGUAUCAAGAUUGUCAGGGAUACUGAAAAUACCCGUCCAAAGGACGACGAUCUAAAGAAUAAGGAAGAACUCCCAACUACUGCUAAGGAUGAAAGGAAAGAUUCACAAAAAGAUGCUGUGCCCAUUCCAAUAGUAAAGGAAUAUUGUGUCCAACAAGUGGAGACAUCGGAUGGUUUCAAAUCAAAGGAUGAUUCUCUUCCCAUCGUGAAGGAAUCUGAUGCUGAUGUUAUUGAUAAUAUUGUUUCAAAUGACAAAUCGGCUAAGGAGUCAGCGAACAAAGGUCCUACAAAUGUACCAAUCAUCACAAUGUCCGCCCCAGUCACAUUGGACAACACCAGUGCUACUAAAGUCAAACAGGAUACUAGCACUGCCGUAUCGAAAGGAGAUGGCACUGUGUCGACUACUAAAUGUAAAACAACUUUCAGAGAGGUGCACGAAACGUCAUCAGCUUUGCUGGUAAAGACAGUGGAGACUGUGAAGGUGAAAAAUAUCGUCGUUAGCACCAACGAGACUGAAGAACGCGAAUUCAAAAUUACUAAAAGCGAGCAUUCACAUUCAGAUGUAAGCUCACAACGAGCACAGGGUGUUCCUUCGACUGUUGAAGAGAAGAUAGAGCGUGUGUGAUACAACCAGAAGAUCUUCUUGACUGAUGUGAAUUUCCAGCAUCCGUCUCAUUCAACAUUCCCUAAAAUCCGAUUGUGCUUUUAUUGGAAUAUUGGGAAAUAGUUCAUAUUGCAUGUGACAAAUCCAUUGUCAAUCUCAAUAAUCAAUCUGUAGUUCUGACAGCCCCCAAAGUGUCCCUUGUCAUUCAUCGUAUGUGAAAAAUCCAAUGCCCUUUCAGGACAAAAUAACAUGAUAAUAGCUCUGAGAGGAUUUGAAUGUGCUGACCGCAUGUUGAACCUCUCAUGACCUUCUCAGUGAAAUGAUUCCUACAUUCCUACAUUCCAUGUUGAUAUAUGUGAGGAAAUGCGAUUCAUAGUUGAAAUGGAAACACUUUUAUACAACUCUCGAAACUGCUAAAACAAUUUAUUCUGAUGUUGAUAUCUUGCCGACACUGUUUGUGUUCUCAAAUGAAGAGGAGUCGACUUUAUGUUCUCUACAGAAGAAAUGUCGACCUGUGUACACUCUACUGAAGAAACGUCGACAGUGAGUUCUCUACUGAAGAAAUGUCGACUUUGUGUUCUCUACAGAAGAACCGUCGAUAGUGUGUUCUCUUCUGAAGAAAUGUCGACUUUGUGUUCUCUACAGAAGAAAUGUCGACUUGUGUGCACUCUACUGAAGAAACGUCGAUAGUGUGUUCUCUUCUGAAGAAAUGUCGACUUUGUGUUCUCUACAGAAGAAAUGUCGACUUGUGUGCACUCUACUGAAGAAACGUCGAUAGUAAGUUGUCUACUGAAGAAAUGUCGACUUUGUGUUCUCUACAGAAGAAAUGUCUACUUCGUGUGCACUCUACUGAAGAAACGUCGAUAGUGUGUUCUCUACUGAAGAAAUGUCGACUUUGUGUUCUCUCCUGAAGAAACGUCGAUGUGUCAGAUAAUGCCAUGCCAAUGCCAUGGAUUUGUUCUUUGAGGGAGAGAAGUCCCAUAACUCCCAAAUGUUUUUGUAUUUUUGCAAACUGUUUUUGUAACCCAACUGUAUAUGUCUUGGAGGACUUCAAUGUUCCCACAGCCCUGCUGAUUAACGUAUAAUCUCCACAAAGAACAAAUGGCUAAUCACGUCGUAGAUACUAGUCUUCUACCACCAUGCUUCCACCUAGUGUUGUGUACCAAUACUGCUUGCGUCUAUAUAAUGUUGGGGGACAUUAAAUAUACAGUGCGUGGACAAUAAGCUAGGCUUGAAAUGCAUUUAACUUAUUUCCUCGAAAUGUUUUUUUGGUUAGGCAUACAAAACAAACCAGUGUUUCAGGUGCUAUGGUCGUAGGUAGUUAGGUAAGGAUUAAUGGUAGUGCAUUUUGUUUAAUACAGCUAAAUCGAGUCACACAUGUAUCGACUUAUCCGUAGUUUAAGACAAACGGUGUGCCGAUAUUAGACCAAGGUGUUGAUUAUUCCACAGGAAGCAUUUUGUAACAUUAUCUUAAACGAAACUGCCGGGCUAAAGAAAGUAUACACUUAAAAACGGAUCAAAACGUUACUAGGCUGAAAACAGUCGCUUGUACACUGUAAACUCAAGGUCCAGAAUCGGGUACUGGCAUCAAAUACAUCAUAAAAAACCGUUUUUGUUUGUUUCAUAUUUAGCCACCCCAAACAUUGGUGUAUACUUUGUUUACCCCGGCAGUCACAGUCUCUAUCGAGUUAAAAAUGGCUACGAGUUACAAGCAGGGUCUAAAAUGUCAAGUCGGGCUACAACAGCCACACGUGUAUUUAUUUUUUGGCUUCAUAUGUAUUCAAUAUAUGCCUUUUUGGACAGGUUUAUUCACAUUACGUCAAUGCAUAUUGUUUUCUGUAAUUGAGAUUCAACAAUGUGACGCACGAAGUCUACGUAAAAAAGUUCAGAAUUGAAAUAUGUUUUAUCUUGAUUUAUUUUAGAAACGUAUUGUGUUUAUACGCAUAAAUAAUUUCCGUCAUGUCUGUUUACAAGGAAAUAAUUAGAACUUCUAUUUUUACUUCGAGUUACUGCCAAAAGAAGUAGGUGUUGUUGAUAAAUUUCUAAAUCAGUAUUUAGAUGUAGACAUUACUACACGAGGUGCUGUCAUAUACCACUUAUAUAACAAGGAUUCGUCGUUUCAAAACGUAUCUUUUGAAACAACUAGUUUUAAGAUAAAUAUUAAAUAUUAUAUGACAGGCACGAGUGCAAUAAUCUGUCACACGCUAGAAUCGCACCAUUUUAGCACCGAAUUGAUGCAUAUUGUGUCUAUUCCCAUGAUCGCAGUGGCGCAUUGAUACAUACCACAAUCGUCAUGAGUAACGUCAUCCGGCUUACUGCUUACCACUCAUACAUAGGAUCGAGAAACGUAUCAAUUACAGUCUGGAAAGUAGUCCGUCAUAAUCUGACCUCAGGUCAACGCCAUGGAGCAGCCAACCAUGGACCUGGACUUGAAUCUGGUAGUGUUUGAUCCCAGUUAUCUCAAACGGUUUUCUCACCCACAGGUUUGUAAGAAAAGGGUUGGAUGAUAGAGGACUCGUAUGUAAAACUGUAGGAAAGGAUUUCUCCUUUUGACUACAAAAACCUUCGAGGUAAAAAAUGUUUCUAUGCAUUCAAUAAUUUGAGAACAUCGUUUGUUCGAGGUAAGAGUUUUUAUUAAACGGGACACGAGAUUAUAUAAAUAUGUACCUACACCCUCGUCAGAAUAAGUGAAUUUUGAGAAAAGAAAUAUUCUUCCAAAUAUUACUGACAAGACGCGAGUUGAACGUAUAUCAACAAAUUGCUUCAGUAUUGACUACGUGAUCAUUUUCCUCUUUGAGUAUGAACGAUAAUAUUCAAUUUGAGGAAUGCAACUUUAAACAGUCGCAUUAUUUGCUUUCAUCAAAUUUCAUAUUACAUGUAGUAUGUAGACACAACAUGUCAUACUUUGGUGAACAAACAUCUUGCUUUUGAAUUCGAUGAUUUUGAGACGAUCCCUAACAUAACCACUGCUGUUUCCAAUGUUUCUUUGGUAAUAUAUAUUCAUAUUCAUGUUGACUACACAGUACCCUUUACUGCUUGACCAUUCCACGGAAUAAACCUGAUUUUACCAAA